UUAUUAGUAUUAUAAGCACAAAAGUACCUGAAACAUUACUGUUCUUAAAGAAAAUUAUUUUUAAAAAAUGGAUCUAAAAUGGUUUCUGUGAUUGUACAGCCAAAAAACUUGAAGAUAUUUUUAUGCUGACAAACUGUACGUUUUGACUGAGUUUAUAGAGACCCUUGAGUCUGAGGAGAGUGCUCAGUGCAGCACUGGCUGGACUGGAGAUGCUUGUUUGAGAUGGUAGAGAAUUAGAGUAUUCCACCAUAAUGCAAAUAUGACAGACAUACAAACUAAAACAUGUAGUAUAGUCAAUUGUUUAGUGUCAACCCAAAAGUUCAGUGUUCAAAAACAAUCUUUAAUUGAUUUAACAGUUUUGUUCAAUGAAUCUGAUCAAUUUGAUUCGAAACGGAAAUCUGCUCAUCAAUCUGAACUUCUCUUGGCCUUAAAUCAUGGAACAGUUAUCAACGAAUUAAAUCUCACAUACAAGUUUUUGUUAUAUUUAUUUCGAACACGAUUUGAAUGGAUGGACCAAAAUGAUCAACACAAACCAUUCCACUCAACAUCAACAGAGAAGGCAGAGAUAUUUGACCAAAUUGAUCUGUUGUUGAAAAUUAUUUCUACAGAAAGUGUUUGUGUGAAAUCUUUACAAGCUUUUAAACAAAUUGGUCAAGAAUUUUCAAGAUUUCCAGUAGUGAGAAGUCAGUUAGCUGGUCAUGUUAUGGUGUGGUUUAGUAAUGCUGGUUCACAGAUUAAUUCCCCUGAAAUUUAUAUGUUAAUUAUGGACAUAUUAUUAUCAGCUAUAACUGAUGUUUGGUCUACAGUUAGGAAAUCAACUUGUACUAGAUUAAACACUAUACUACAACAUUUAAAUCAUACAAACCUACAUUCUUUAUAUGAUCAACUAAUCCAGAUUUGUCUUGAAAAAUCAAGUCCAUGGCAAACUGUUGAUGGUGCAAUAUUAGGUAUUACAGUGAUAUUAAAUCAGUAUGGUACUAACAAUAAAGCAGAUCCAUCUCUUAAUUUUAUUAAGACUGAUCUUUUAUCAACAGUUUUUAGUUUAAUAUCACACCCUCAGCUUACUAUUAGAGAAACAGCAGCCAAAUCAUUAUUAGUUUACAUUAGUUGUCUUGGUGAACAAGAGGCUUUAAUAACAUUUCAAAAAGUUCUAUUCCUACUCAAUAGUCAACACAACUGUGAUGAAGAGGUAUCAGUCAGUGGUCUUGUGGAAGCUUACAAAGCAGAAGGUCUACUUAAUAUUUGUUGUUCUAUGAUAAAGAUAUUACCUUUAAAGUGCCUGCUGCCGAAAUUGUUGUCAUAUCUAACAGUAUUUUUAUCGUAUUUAUCCCAUGAAGCCUCUACAGUUAGACAGACUACAAGUUCUGUAUUUAAACAGUUGUUGUUAAAAGCAGACUCAAAUCCUGUUUUAUUUAAACUUAUAUUGACCAAAUUAACAUCUGAUUGGAUAACUUGUUACACAGAUUCAAGCUGUAAUACUUUAAGUUUAAUUAAGAGAUGGGAAGGUAAAGAAGGACGUUUAUUUGUAUACGAACUUGUUUGUGAAUAUUUAGUGAAGAACCAUUGGUUGAAUACAUUUGGACCUCUACAGCCAACUAAACAUGGUGAAUUACGUAGAUUAUCCACAUCAACUUUAUCAGAAAGUAAACUGGAGAAUUGUGAUGAUAAAAUAAAAGACAAUAAUGAUACAGUAUGGCAUGAAGUAAUACCAGAAUUUAAAGAUAAAUCUUUAUUAGAACAAACUAGACUUUAUGAUGAGUUCACUAAACAGCAUGAGAAAUGUGUUAAUGAUUUACCCUUGUUGUUUAUGAAACAAUGUAGUUUAUAUACUGAUGGACAUGAACCUAUUAAACCAUUAGAAUUUAUAUGGUUAAAGAAUAUACGUAUAGCAUAUUGCACUGAGUUAUUAGAGACUAUGUUACAUCAAAGUAUAGAAUGUUUAACAGACGGUCAGUGGGAGUUAGCUAGAAUAGCUCAACAGGUUUUACCUGUAUUGAGUGAAGUUAUGAGAUGGUAUAAUAUAGAUAUUAAUAUAAAGAUCAUAGAUAAAUUGAUAGUGUGUAAAAAUGAUGAUAGAUUCAUGUAUGUGGGUAUAUAUUUAUUAAAAGAAUCUCUAGAACACUGUGUACGUCUACUACCUCUACUUAAAGAUCCACCCAAAUCAUGGAAGAAUCCAGAAAGAUGUGUUGAAACAAUUAAUGUGUUGAUAGAAAAGUUAAAAUAUGAAACAGAAAGAUAUAUAAUAUUAUCUGAGGAGAUGUUAAACAGGUCAUCUUAUGACAGAUUUACAUGUAUGGCAACUGAAAUAAUCCUCAUAUUACAUAAUACGUUUGACGUUAACAAAGAUAAGAUGAAGAUUUUGCACCAGGCUAUAUUUAAUAAAUGGCAGAUGUUAUAUCAGUUUUCUCACCCUACAACUCAAAUAUGUCAUAUACUGCCUGAUAUAUCAAAGACACAAUUUAAAUCUCCAUAUACAGGCUAUUUGAGCUGUUGUUUAGUUGAGCCAGAAGGAGAUGUACAGUGUGCUAGACAAGUUGAGAAACAUCUAGUCAUGUCUAUUUAUGAAUAUUUGUCAACAUACCUAUCACAUUAUACUCAACCAUAUUACCUACCUAUAAUUGCUCAUUAUGUUGGACAAUUUGCAGAUGACAGUUUGAUAUCUAAAGAGCUGAUACAAUGUUUGAUGGUUUUAUGUCGUCAAGUUAUAGAACCAAUAUUAACUAAAUCUAUAGAAACUGAAGAUAAGCAAACUUAUUUAAAAUGUAUAUUUUAUACUUUAAAAGAAUUAGCGGCGGUAAUAGCUAUAAAGACAUUUGAUGUAACAUUACUGCAGAAAGUAUUAUCAGCUUACCUUGUUCUCUGUAGACCCAUCAAUCCCAUAAAGCAUCUGCCAACUGUACUAAAAGCAAUAUGUUCUCGAUUAAACAAGCAAAGGCGCAACACUGUAGAACUUUCACCUCGUUUGGGUUCUUCAAAUGGAGGAACUGUAUUUGAGAUUCCACCGCCACAGUUUAAUUAUCAAGGGGAGCUAACAGCUUUAGAGAUAGAAACAGACUUUUAUACAGAACGGGACACUGAUGUUAUAUAUACAGAAUGCUUAAGUUUAAAUGGAUGUAUCGGUGGUAGUAGUAAAAGGAGAGCUGUUAAUUUAUCUUUUGAUGAAACUGGUGGUGAUGAUGAUGAUGAUGAUUGGGAUAGUUGGAAUGAAGAAGAAGAGAGUGACACUUCAUUAUCAGAUUGUUUUCGUAAUUUUUUUCAACAGUUGAAACAAACAAGAAAUAAAGACAGUAAAGAUGUACUUCGGGAAGAAAUCGACAAAUUAAAAGAGGUAGAUGUAGAUGUUCUAAAUAAAUUAUUAAAUUGAUUUAUGUUGCAAGUAAAAUGGUAUUUAAAGCAAAAUUAAUGACCUUUCUAUGAUAUGCGGACAAUAUAUUGUAAUGUGAUCAUUUAUUGUUGUCACCCCUGGGUCUGUUCCUGGUCCAAAAUUUCUUGUGAACACUGCUAACAUUAUAAUUAUUUAGAAUUAUACCUAGCAUUAAAUCUUAAAAGUAAUAUUUAGAACAUAUGUGAUUUCUUCACAAAAAAGAGUUACCACAUAAAGUUUAUUUGCUGUUAAGCAUUUAUGUACAUGUAAAAAAUUGUAAAUAUAACUAGUUACAAAACACAUGUACUGAGUUAUUCAAAAGAAACAUAUCUUGCAUUUGAAUUUUUUCAAAUUUUCACAUAUAUAUAUAUCCUUCUGUAGAAGCUAUUGUCAAUAUUAAUUUCUUGUAUAUUAGUAAAUUUUACUCAAGAUUAAAUAUGUGAAAUGGCUUCUGUAUAGACUGUAAUGUGGAGUUGUAAACCUCAAUGAUACUAAUAAUUUAUUUCUAAAUUAUUUUAUUCUAUUGUAUGUUGGGGGGUUGGAUGGCUGAAUGGUUAGAACGUGCUGUAUCAGAAGGCCUGUUAUUGAGUCAACUGGCGUGGUUUCGAAUCCCCGGUUGUACGUGACAAGGAGUAGGGUAGCCUGUCCAACCUCUUGGGUUUUCUCUGGGUCCUCCGGUUUCCUCCCACUGCUAAAGACCCCUACGCACAAGCGAAUUAUUGAAAUAAAGUUAAACCAUAUGUUAGUCCCGAAAUGACCUAGUUUGUGUCGAGUGGACGUUAAACCCCAUUUCUCCCACUCCCUCUAUUGUAUGUUACUAUGUUUGUAUGUAAACCAAAGAAAUGCUUCUGUGGCCUUUUCAGAUUCCUUGUUAUUUUUGUAUGAAAUGUCUGAGAAUAGCAUUAUUAUUGUUUAAACUUAAGCUUUAACACAUUAUAUAUGCAUGACUUAUUAUUUAAAUGGAGACUGAUUAGAGCAUGACUCAAAUGGGCUAUAACUAUGAUAUGGUAUGAAGAAAAUUCCCUAAAAUAAAAUUGCUUUGAACGGAGAUCAUGCUAGCUAGAUCUUCAAUAUUUAUUAAUUAUACAUACUUUAAUUAAUUGUCAUUAAACUAUUUGUGGCUUUCAAUUUGUGUGCAGAUAUUAUAUGUCACACAUUAGGUUAGGCUGUCUAUGUUAUUUACUGUACUAGUACAUCAUAUGCAGGCACACAUCAUCUUGCUGUCUUUGAUAUUUACUACUACAUCAUAUGUAGGCACUUAACCCUCCCUGUUGUAUUCAAAAGGUUGAAGUGCUCUUUUAUUACCUUUUGAGGUCUUAUCUUUCAUGCUUGUGGCAAAAAUCAUAUUGGAUAAAAGAAAAUGUUUUGUGAUGUUGAAUGUGUCAGCUAGUUAACCUUAAUAGAAAACCUUUUUAAACAUAAGGUGACUGAUUUUGUUUUAUAAUGUUAUUUAUGUUAAUUAUUCAACUUCAAGACUAAUUAUAUAUAAUUACAAACUGAAUAAACAUUUCCAGGUAUUCUAUUCUGACUCCUUGUAAUAGCAGAUUCAAAGGGGAAAAUUGGAGUAUUCCAAGGCACAGAAAAAAAUUAUGAACUAUAUGAAUAAGUUAGUGAGAAUAUAAAUUUGAUGUCUAUAAUCAUGAUAACCAUCACAUUUCAGCCGUAUUGUCUCACAAACACUUCUAGUCAAAAAUCAGAGGUGGGUUUUCAUUGUGUCUUUUAAAGUACAUCAGUUAAGUACCCUUCAUUAUUAUUCCAUCCAAGAUACUUUGUGAUAUUGGCCUGCAUUUUAAAUACAUAAGAUUUAUCUAUUUGUGAUGUUGGGAACCAAAAUAUUAUGUAAUUUAUUUGUUAGUAUAUGAAAAUGUAUUAAGUUGUUAUUUGUAGUUAUUAAUGUUUUAUUUGAAUAAAAAGUCUAAAAGAG